AUGGGGACAUUUGUCAUUGUUUUUUCUGGAUUUCGUUUCCUGCACAUGUUGCGUCACCAAACCGUGUUGCUUGGGUCUUGUGUCAAGUACAUCUUGUGUGGAGCGUUUGGAUUCCUGCCUUCAGGUGUGUGCGCAAUGGCAUCCAAACCUCACCCUCCUCUGAUGAAGAAGCACAGUCAGACAGACCUGAUCAGCCGCCUCAAGAGUCGAAAGGUCCUGGGAGUCGGAGGAGAGGACGACGAUGGGGAAGUGCACAGAUCAAAGAUCAGUCAGAUGCUUGGGAACGAGACCAAGUUCGCAGUGAGGGAGCCGCUCGGACUGAGGGCGUGGAUCCUUAUCUCUGCUGUUGGAUUCACGGUUAUGGCCCUGAUGGCCCUGGUGUUUCCCAACCAGCUCUAUGAACUGGUGUUGGAGGAGGAGCUGUCCACGACCAGCCUCGCUGUCCGGCUGUACGGAGGAGCGCUGCUGAGCUUAUCUCUCAUCAUGUGGAACGGUCUCUACACUGCAGAGAAAAUCGUCCUCCAGUGGACACUGCUCAGUGAAGCUUGCUACUUUGCUGUCCAAUUUUUAGUCACCUCCGUCACCCUGAUCGAGCUGGGCAUCUUACCAAACGCUGCUAUCCUGCUCCUCCUCAGCAGAGUGCUCUUCCUGGUGGUGACCAUGUCUUUCUACUACCACCUCGGCCGCCGGGUGAAGAAGAUCUCUGCGGACCGUCCACUGCUCCACCAUCUCCGCCAAACAAGACCACUACACAAAAUUGGCGCCAUGGGAAAAGGAUGCAUCACGGUCACCAAGUACUUUCUGUUUCUCUUCAACCUGCUCUUUUUUAUCUUUGGGGCACUCAUCAUGGGCUUCGGUUUGUGGGUGCUUUUGGAUAACCAGAGCUUCAUUGCUGUUUUACAGGAAUCAUCCAACACGGUGAAAGUGGCCUCUUAUAUCCUGAUUGGAGUGGGAUCUUUGUCUAUGGCCAUGGGAUUUUUCGGUUGCUUGGGUGCCAUUUAUGAAAUCCGCUGUCUCCUGGGACUGUACUUCACCUGUCUGCUGCUCAUACUCAUCGCUCAAGUUACGGCUGGAGUCCUUAUCUACUUCCAACGAGAUCGGCUGAAAUACGAGAUGUCCAGCAUCAUCAAGGGCAUGAUCGUCCACUACACCGGUCAGAACAGGACCACAGAGCACACCUGGGACUACAUCCAGAGAUCGAUGAAGUGUUGUGGAUGGACCAAUCCGGGAAACUGGUCUGAGAACCUGCAGAUAAAGAACAGCAGUCUGAACCUGUACCCGUGCUCGUGUCGCAACGAGAGCCUCCCCGGGACAGACCUGAAGGACGUGGGGUUGUGUGAGCACCUCUCCACAGACCUGCCCAUCUUCGACACGGGCUGCAUGACAAGUGUGGAGAAAUGGCUGUUUGAAAAUUGCGGCGUUAUUCUGGGAAUCUGUGUCAGUGUGGCAGUCGUGGAGCUUUUGGGGAUGAUCCUCUCCAUGUGCCUUUGCAAAAGCGUAGUGCAGGAGGAUUACACCAAAGUCCCAAAUAGAGGGCAGUAUUGGCUCACGGUGGCGCGGACCUCUCAGGCGCCACGUGAGUUUGGGGCCAGCACAGGACCAGGCAUCAACUUAAAAGAGUCUCUAUGGGACUGUCCAGAUGCCCACUGA